ACUAGCUACUAGCCCUAGCAUUAGCUUCCAGUAACCGUGGCCUUUUGGCGUAAAACAUCGACUGACACGCACUAAAAACGCACCACAACUCCUUCAAAAUGCUCCUUAGUCUAUAUGCUGUUGUGUAAUGUGCUAAUCUGAUCACAAAAUGCGUUAAAAUCGCUGUGGCCUUUAUGCUAGCGCCGCUAUUGUUUUGUCCCGGUGGACUGCAGUCUUUUGUUAGCUGCCAGUCAAAUAACUCAGUACCCGUGUAAUCUGUGACGACAGUGCACUGGGGCUUAAAACAAACUAAAUAUUGAUUUGCAAUGGACGUGUGUUAACCCCCGAAAAAGCGAACAAUUGAUAAACCAGCAGCUGCGUAAUGCUAAUGCGCCAAACAGCCGAGCUCGAGCGACUGGAUUGACCCCAGAUGGCGUCGAAUUUUAAUGAUUCUUGAUGACGUAUCGCUUUGAGUCAGGAUGAUUCUGAAGGGUUUCUGUCUGAAAAACAGCGUGUCGACGUGUACUGGGUUGACCUGAGAGAACAAAGGACUAUUGGUCACGCUAACUCACCUGUACGUCCAUUGUGCCCUGACUUUGAACUGUGCUCGUUAUAUAUUUCCCACGUCCGUUUGAGUUUUUGUGGUCUUGACUGGAAUAUCCACUGCUGAAUAUAACCUCCCUCUUUUCCCCAAGUUUUAUAUGAUCCAUCCCAUCACUAAAUUCCAUAAAAAUGUUAUUUCGCAGACAUCGCUGUUCCUGGCCUCUAAAGUGGAGGAGCAGCCCAGGAAGUUGGAGCAUGUUAUUAAAAUAGCCUAUGCCUGCUUGAACCCCCAAGAACCUGCCCUGGAUACCAAGAGCACAGCAUUUCAGCAGCUGUCACAGGAGGUGGUCGCUGUCGAAUCGAUUAUUCUACAAACACUAGGUUUUGAAAUUACAAUUGAUCAUCCACACACAGAUGUGGUGAGGUGCUCCCAGCUAGUACGAGCGAGCAAGGAUUUGGCACAGACUUCCUAUUUCAUGGCUACCAACAGUUUGCACCUCACCACCUUCUGCCUGCAGUACCGGCCCACCGUCGUGGCGUGUGUCUGCAUCCACCUGGCCUGCAAGUGGUCCAACUGGGAGAUUCCUGUCUCCACCAACGGGAAGCACUGGUGGGAGUAUGUGGACCACACGGUGACCUUGCAGCUGCUGGACGAGCUUACACACGAGUUUCUCCAGAUCCUGGAGAAGACUCCCAGCAGGUUGAAGAGGAUCCGGAACUGGAGGGCCAUUCAAGCUGCUAAGAAGCCAAAGAGCGAGGGAUCAGCCGUGGACAGUGCCUUCCAGGGGACGUCUUUAGAUGGCCUCUCUGGCGUCGCCAACUCUUUCUUUGCCUCCAGCUCGGCGCCAGACGCCUCAGAAAUGACGGCUCUAAACGGCAUGGCCAGCUCCUACGCAGCAUACGAGCCGAUGAACGACGCCUUCUCCCAGCCCCUGCACGCCGACUUCUCCAUGUCCAAACACGAACACAAAGCUGUGAGCGGUAAGCAGCAGCUCGUCUCGCAGGCCGCACCCUUCGCACGAGCACAGAAAGUCCUGUCGCUGGAAAAGUACAGAGAGAAACACGCAGCAGAGCUGGCUUUGCAGAACGGCGUGAAAGAGGAGCUGAGCACAGACGUGUACGCGCAGCCGCCCGCCAUCUCCUCGCACCACCACAAGAAGAGAUCUCACGCACAGCAGGCGGAGAAAUCUGGCGAGGGCCGGCGGGAGAAGUCCAGCUCCAAAAAGAUGCGCCUGGCUCAGGCGUAUGGUGAGAAUGGCUCAGCCAGCAGCGAAGAGCUCAAGAUGAGAAUCAAAGUUUCGUCUGAGCGCCACAGUGGCUCUGACCUGAGCAAGGACAAGCACAAAGAGCAGCGCCACUCUAAACACAGCAACUCGCAACUGUACUCUCUCACUAAAGGGCCGAUGGACAACGGCUCUUUAGCCCUGAAGGCGCCGGGCGGCCAUGACGGCUCCGCCUCAGGCUCGUCUCGGAAAAGGCCGCACUCUGACGCUGGGAACCACCACCACCAUCACCACCACCAGUCGUCGAAGAUCAGCAGGAGCUCCAAGUCGGCCAUGAACGCCUCCCACUUCUCCGCAGAGAGCCAGAGGGGGGCGGAGCACCUGGGCCACGCUGGAAGCAACGGCCUGCUGACCGCCAACAGCCAACACACUGACUACAAAGAUACUUUUGACAUGCUGGACUCUUUAUUAAGUGCCCAAGGGAUGAACUUGUAACCCUCCGCCGCCAGUUUAGUCUAGUUUUUAAGGUAUUACAUGUUUUAAAAAAAGAAUUUAUUUGUCUUAAGUUAUGUGAAUUCCACGUCGCCCUCGGUCGUGUCCACAUGCUGAUGCACGGAGCUGUGCACGAGAGCCCGCUCUGCUCCCGAGACUGCGACUGGGAUAAUGGAAUUUUAACUGUUUUUAUGAUUUUUAAUGUGCAUGUUUUCGGUCACUGGUAGGAGGAAGCGCAACGGCUUUCGCAGCCAUCGUGUCGGUUUACAUUCUGCGUCUUUUUAAAUGAAUUUUGUUCCACUGAAAAUCUCAGGUCUGACCUUUUUUACUACAAGAAGGAAUCUUCCUCUGUGGGAUCACUACCCGAAGAGGCGCGUCGCCUCGUCGAUGGACAUUUGUCUUAUGAACCUGGUCUGCUCACGUUCGAGUCUCCAGAUACAAAGUUCUUGACUCUGUGAAAGUGCAUUUAUGAUAUGACUGAAAUGAAAUGGAAGUAGGCCUUGUGACCGUUUACCUCGUCAAUAGCUAUUCAGUAUGAAGAGUUGCCGAUCGAUCCGAUCUCUAAAGUCGUGUACAUAAGACUGUUGUUCACCUAAGCUGUGGGUUUAUCGUGUCGGUCCUCAUCUAGUGCGUCAUCAGACCCAAUGCAGAUUGUAAUGACGAUUUUCUCCUUGACUUGUGUAUCGAUGGCCACAAUAAAGGUGUAAACGUGAUUUUUUUUUUUUGUUCUU